ACUAAAUUUUUAAAGUGUGUAGGUUUUGGAGGAGUUGUAAAUGUCUCCUAAUUACCGCAGUGAUUAAAGACUUAACUGUAACAAAAUGGAGGAGUUGCACUCGUGUAGCUGCUGUUUGGUGCGCCCUCCGGAAAAGGGGCUCAAGACUCUGUAUAAACACCUCGGCAGAACAGAGAUAUAUUACGACAUGAUCAGAGACUGCUUCGAUAUUAAUCUAAGCUUAGGAAAUGACGAAUGCGGGAUCUGUGAGGUGUGCGUGGGGCGACUGCGGGACGCGAGCGACUUCAAGCUGCAAGUGCAGCACAGCCAGGCCAAGCUACGAGCGCGGCUGAAGGGCGUGCUUACUGCCAGUGACAAGCUGAAAAUCAAGCUAGAGAAAGCUUCUGGAGACGUGGCCAUAAUUCCGGGUGAAAUCAAGCUGGAAAAAUCUGAGGUGGAGAUGGCUGAUGGUGAGGUCGUAUCAGUGGCAAUAUACGGCGGGCCGCCAGCGCCCUCCGCGCAACCCGUGCCCACCGCGUCGCGCAUCUCCUUCAAGCCGGCGCCCACCGUCACCAACCUCGACGACUCCGACCCCACUCCGACUCCCAACCGCGGCACCAUACACACCUGCGACAUAUGCCACAAGUCGUUCGACCACCAAGCCCGACUAAAGGUCCACAGGCGGUCUCACACCGGAGAAAAACCUUACUCGUGCAAAGUUUGCAACAAAAAAUUCGCACAAAAGAGCAACUUAAACGCUCAUUUCGCAUAUCACAUGGGAGACUACAAAUUUUCCUGCGACUUAUGCGACACGCGAUUCACCCAAAAGUCUCACUGGGUUAAACAUAUGCUUAUACACACUGGCGAGAAACCGUAUGCUUGUGAUAUAUGCAAUAAAAAAUUUAGACAAAAAGGUAAUUUAAAUGUUCACAAAAAAAUUCAUUUGAAAAAUGAUAUAGAACCUGGAGAAAUAACUGCGUACAAGAGAGAGUCAGAUGAAUUCAAAGAUCGAGUACCCACUGAAUUUUUCACAUGUGAUAUAUGCAAAAAACAAUUUGCAGAAAAAAGCAACUUGAACGCACAUUUAAAAAAUCACUCUGGAGAUUAUCCAUUCACUUGCGAAAUCUGCGAAAGGAGAUUCAAUACACAGUCUGCCUUAGAUGUUCAUAAAUUUGAUCAUACGGGAGGGAAACCUUUUUCAUGUGAUGAAUGCAAUAAACAGUACACAACGAAAAGUGCUUUAAGACUUCACUCAAGAAUUCAUACCGGAGAUUAUAGGUACGCAUGCGAUGUAUGUAGCAAACGAUUCAUACAAAAAGAGGUCUUAAGGCAACACAUGCGUGUGCACACAGGUGAGAAGCCUUACACCUGUGAGAUAUGCCAAAGGAAGUUUCCAUAUAGAUGUGGCUUAAAGAGUCAUUUGUUAGUUAUACAUAAUCAAGUCAUGAACAACCCCACUAAACCUAUUCCGACCUAUAUAUGUGAACACUGCAACAAGCAAUUCUCAAAUAAACCCGCAUUAAAAAGACAUGUACUAACACACACUGUGGGAAAACAAUUUUGUUGCGAUGUUUGUGGCAAACGUUUCGCCAUAAAGAGGACGUUAGUUAGACACAUGGAUAAACACGCCCAGAAGAAAGACGGAGAAAAGGAACCAGAAGACCCAAAACCAUAUAUGUGUGAAAUAUGUAGCAAAAGGUUUUCACUAAAGAGCACCUUAAGAAACCAUAGAGAAAUACAUAAUGAAGAAAGACCUUUUGAGUGCGAAGUGUGUCACAAGAAAUUCAGAAUGAAGAAGUGUUUGCAAGACCAUAUGAAAGUGCAUGAGGACUUUAAACAACAUUCAUGUGAAGUUUGCGGCCAGCAAUUCAGACAUAAGUCUGCCUUGACGGUUCAUAUCAGACGAAUGCACUCGGAAAACAGACCACAUAUUUGCGAUGUGUGUAAGAAGGCUUAUCCAGUUCUUGCUGAGUUAAAAGCGCAUUAUCGGGUACACACUGGUGAGAGACCGUAUGCUUGCGAAGUAUGCUACAAGAAAUUCCCACGACACGAUGGGGUCCGUAGACAUCUUAUACGAGUCCAUCAUGAGAAACCUUCAAAAUAUAUUAAAUUGAAAGAAUUUAAUAAUCCUAACUGAAUUUUUAAGAUCAUUAUCAUGUUUACACUUAUGAAAUACCCUAGGGCCUGGUGAUACUAAAUACAGCGUUGGAAAACAACUUUGUAUGGAGAAUAACAGCCUCUAUGGUGUCAAUAAUGACAUUGAUACUGGGGAUUAUUGCAACUUAUAAAAUCAUGUUUGAAACAUGCGAAAGAAAUUCAGGUGCAUAAAUACUGGUUAUUUCAUCUUAACAUUUGUUAAAAGUAGGUUUACAAAUCUGUAUGGCAUGACAGGGAUACGUGGAGAAAUAAGAGGGAGGUCUUUGCCCAGCAGUGGGACAAUAUGGGCUCAUAAUAAUGCUCGCGGCAACCUAGGUUAGGUUUUUUACAAUGUGUUUAGUAUUGUUUUUUUUAUAUAUAUUUUUAUAUUUUACUUUUAUAUUCAUAUUGUAAAAUGCCUAACAUAAGAAGAGAAAUAAAUAAAAGGAUAAUACUGGCAUGACAGAUAUCGGCGUUAGCCAUAUUUUAUACUAAUCGAUCGGGUUUUUAGUCAGACUCUUGUGUAAUAUAAGAAAAAUAUUUAUAAGUAUACUAGUUUAUAAGAAAAAAUGUUAAGUUUUACUGGGUAAGUUGUGGCACGACAUAUAUAAUGUUAAAUUUUUCAUUUUGUAAUAUUUUCAACUCUAAGUGUCUUAAGCUUAGAAGCAAUAUACUUACCUAUAUAGGUAGGUAUUGCAAGUCUAGUCUAUAUAGGUAAUAUUUAAAACCUUUGAAUCGCUUCAAUAUUAAAUUAGUCUACGUCAUACAACUAUUUAAGUAAAAAAUCGGCUUAAUGUCUUUUUUU